AUGACGACAAUAACGACCACCGAGCCCGAACACCCCCCUCGACAGGAGCACGAAGGUGGACAUAAGACGAGCCGCACCAAAAGGUCACGAUGGGCCACGCGGAAGUUGACUGUCAAGAGCAGCAAUCUGAAGCGCUUAUCGCUACUCGGCCGCGCAAAUGGCAAGAACGCGUCUGCCGAGAAGAAAAGAGCCUCGGGAGGCACCGAAUCGUUGCGAAACAAUGACGCUGCCGAGACCGAGUCUGUCAACAGCGAGGCAGCGCCGCCGAGGACGCUCUACUUCAACCAGCCGCUCCCUGAUGAUUUGAAGGAUGAACAUGGAGAUCCCAUAACCCACUUCACCCGCAACAAGAUUCGGACAGCCAAGUACACCCCCUUAUCCUUCAUUCCCAAGAAUAUUUGGUUCCAGUUCCACAACAUUGCCAACAUCUUCUUCCUGUUUCUUGUCAUCCUGGUCAUUUUUCCCAUUUUCGGAGGAGUCAACCCGGGGUUGAACGCCGUUCCGUUGAUAUUCAUCAUCACGGUCACGGCCAUCAAGGACGCCAUUGAGGACUGGAGGAGAACAACAUCCGACAAGCAGUUGAAUAACUCCCCCGUGUAUCGUCUCUGUGGCUGGAAUAAUGUCAACGUCAAGGAAGACAACGUCUCCGGCUGGAGAAAGUUCAAGAAAGCGACGACCCGGCUCAUGGUCAAGACCUGGGCUUCUAUGGAGAAGCUGUGGAAAAAGGAUCACAAGGGACAAGACGGCUCGGACUUCAACGGCAUUGAUCCGCGCAUAUCCAUCGAGACCAGGGCCCACCGCGAAUCGGUCGUGUCGCCGCGCAGUGAACGCACGUCCUUCAUGUCGGCGCGGGAAGAGAUACAGAUGACUCCUGUUCCCUCGCCCCGCCCGACAGCAGACCAGCUCCAGGUCCAGAGCCAGGAACGCCCGGUUUCCGCCUUCUCUUUCCAAGGCAACGAGGUCGACCUGAGACAGAUCAAACCAGAUAUGAUCAACCACGACAUCCACCCCGAGGGCAAGGCUCGAUUCCACAGGAGCGCUUGGAAGGACAUCCAGGUCGGCGACUUCGUCCGUAUCUACAACGACGAGGAGCUUCCUGCAGAUGUCAUCAUUCUUUCCACCUCGGACCCAGAAGGCGCUUGCUAUAUCGAGACCAAGAACCUGGACGGCGAAACGAACCUCAAGUUCCGCACCAGUCUCCGCUGUGGCCGAAAUCUGAAGCAUGCCAGGGAUUGCGAAAGGGCUCAGUUCUUGAUCGAGAGCGAGCCGCCACAGCCAAAUCUCUACAAGUACAAUGGUGCGAUCAAGUGGGAACAGAAGGUGCCGAAUACCGACAGCGGCAUCCCUCGCGAAAUGACUGAGCCCAUCACCAUUGACAACGUGCUGCUGCGUGGUUGUAACCUGCGCAAUACCGAGUGGGCUCUUGGCAUUGUCAUAUUCACCGGCCACGACACAAAGAUCAUGAUGAACGCUGGCAUCACACCUAGCAAGCGCGCUAGGAUCGCCAGAGAACUGAACUACAACGUUUUCUGGAACUUUGGUAUCCUUAUCAUCAUGUGCGUCCUUGCUGGCGUCGUUAAUGGGGUUGCCUGGGCAAAGACCGACUCCUCUCUGCAUUACUUCAAUCUCGAACCAGAUGGAGGUACACCGCCCGUCGCCGGUUUCGUGACCUUCUGGGCUGCCAUCAUCUACUUCCAGAACUUGGUUCCCAUUUCUCUCUACAUCACCCUUGAGAUCGUGCGGACGCUGCAAGCAGUCUUUAUUUACAGUGACGUCGAAAUGUAUGACGAGACUAUUGAGCAGUCAUGCAUUCCGAAGGCGUGGAAUAUUUCGGAUGAUUUGGGUCAGAUCGAGUACAUCUUCUCGGACAAGACAGGCACUCUGACGCAAAACGUGAUGGAGUUCAAGAAGGCCACCGUCAACGGUCAGCCCUAUGGAGAAGCAUACACCGAAGCACAGGCUGGCAUGCAAAAGCGGCUUGGAAUCGAUGUGGAGAAGGAGGCAGAGAAGGCCAGAGUAGAAAUCGCAGCCGCCAAGAUCCGCACUAUCCAGGGCCUGCGUCACAUGCACGACAACCCCUACCUCCACGACGAUGAGCUGACUUUCAUCGCACCCGAUUUCGUCGACGACCUCGCCGGCUUGCAUGGGCCGGAGCAGCAAGAAGCCAACGAGCGUUUCAUGCUGGCACUCGCUCUUUGCCACACCGUUCUGACCGAGAAGGAACCCGGCGACCCCCCGAAGAUCAUUUUCAAAGCGCAAUCUCCCGACGAGGCCGCUCUGGUGGCCACCGCUAGAGACAUGGGUUUCACCGUCCUCGGCAACACCCAAGACGGUAUUCGGCUCAAUGUCAAGGGUGAGGAAAGACACUACCCCAUCCUGAAUACGAUCGAGUUCAACUCGACCCGGAAGCGUAUGAGCGCAAUUGUCAAGAUGCCAGAUGGCCAAAUUGUUCUCUUCUGCAAGGGUGCCGAUAGCAUUAUCUACUCUCGGCUCAGGCGAGGCGAGCAGGCAGAGCUGCGAAAGACGACAGCCGAGCACCUCGAGAUGUUUGCCCGAGAGGGAUUGCGAACCCUUUGCAUCGCUCAGCGAGUUCUGGGCGAGGAGGAAUACAACAAUUGGCGCAAGAUCCAUGACGCCGCGGCGACAGCCUUGGAAGAGCGAGAGGAGAAGAUGGAGGCGGCUGCAGAUCAAAUUGAGCAGGAUCUUACUCUUCUGGGAGGUACUGCUAUCGAGGAUCGCCUGCAGGACGGUGUCCCCGACACCAUUGCGCUGCUCGGUGAAGCGGGCAUCAAGCUGUGGGUUCUCACUGGCGACAAAGUCGAGACCGCGAUCAACAUUGGAUUCUCGUGCAACCUCCUGAACAACGAUAUGGAGUUGCUUCGACUAAGAGUUGACGAGGACGAGAGUGGAGCGACUACCCAGGACUACUAUCUCGAACAACUUGAACAGGAACUCGAUACGCAUCUCCGAGUCUUUGGCCUCACGGGCAGCGACGAGGACCUCGCUCUAGCGAAGAAAAACCACGAGGCCCCUGGGCCAACACACGCCUUGGUCAUUGACGGCUUUACGCUGCGCUUUGUACUAGACGACGCUCUGAAGCAGAAAUUCUUGUUGCUGUGCAAGCAGUGCAAGUCCGUGCUCUGUUGUCGUGUUAGUCCAGCUCAAAAGGCCGCGGUCUGCGCCAUGGUCAAGACUGGCCUUGAUGUCAUGACUCUAUCCAUUGGUGACGGUGCCAAUGACGUGGCCAUGAUUCAAGAGGCAGACAUUGGCGUGGGCAUUGCUGGUCUGGAGGGCCGCCAAGCUGCCAUGUCCUCUGACUAUGCCAUUGGACAAUUCCGUUUCUUGCAGAGGCUGGUGCUCGUGCAUGGUCGGUGGUCGUACAGGCGAAUCGCCGAGUGCAUCAGCAACUUUUUCUACAAGAACAUCGUGUGGGUUUUCGCCAUCUUCUGGUUCCAGGUGUAUUGCAACUUCGAUAUUACAUACGUCUUCGACUACACCUACAUCCUCAUGUUCAACCUGUUCUUCACCUCGGUCCCUGUCAUUCUGAUGGGUGUCCUCGACCAAGACGUUUCCGACACGGUCUCGCUGGCUGUCCCCCAACUUUACCGACGUGGUAUUGAGCGGCUUGAAUGGACUCAGCCCAAAUUCUGGCUCUACAUGCUCGACGGUGUGUACCAGUCAGCCAUGUGCUUCUUCGUCCCGUACCUGAGUUUCACGGGUGGUGCUUUCGUCACUUUCAACGGUCUGGAUGUGGCCGAUCGGCUCCGGCUUGGCUGCUACAUCAUGCAUCCUGCAGUCAUCGCCAUCAACCUGUAUAUUCUCAUCAACUGCUACCGCUGGGACUGGCUGAUGGUUCUGGUCGUCGUCUUGAGCGAUCUGUUCAUCUUCUUCUGGACGGGCGUCUUCACGACGAAUACCUACUCGGCCUACUUCUACAAGGCGGCUCCGCAGGUCUAUGGCGAGCUCAACUUCUGGCUCGUUCUGUUCGUCACCGUGGUGAUGUGUAUGUUCCCUCGCUAUGCGAUCAAGGCCGUGCAAAAGGUUUACUGGCCGUACGAUGUGGACAUCAUUCGAGAACAGGUCCAGCUGGGCAUUUUCAAGACUGGCAAACCAGCCAAUCCCGAGAUGACGCCCAGCGGCAAAUCGAGUGGCUCCUCCCAGUCCUCGAAGAAGGGCAAGCAUGCCCAGUAUGCGAGCGUGGACGAGGAUAGGCGUCCAAUCUACCCCCCCUCGGUUGCUACGCAUAACACGCGGACGCAGAACGGGAGCGACGGGACAAACUAUACCCACCAUAGGACAUCCUCCGAGAUUCCCGAAGUUCCCGUGCGCCAGUCUAUUGACAGGGCACGGCCAUCAUACGACCGCAUGAGAGCAUCCAUGGAUCGUGUUCGGGCCAGCUACGAGGCCAGCAACGACUUUACCACGGCAGCCCGCCUUUCCAGGAUAGAAUCUUCGCAUUCUGCACAUCGCGAUUCCCGACAUCCACCAAGCAGUAGUAGUCGUUUCGUGCCUGGACGACUGCGCGGCCUUUCCAUCAUCUCAGCAAAGAGCAAGCACAACGGCUGA